AUGUCUAUCGUCUUGUUCCCUACGACAGCGGCAAGGCUACCUCGUCUACUCGACGACGUUUUUGCGGAGUUCGACGACAUUGACCGAGCUCUACGUGCGCAUUCGAAAAAUCAAGAAGCCGCAGCGGGUCAAAUUAACAAGGUUGUUGAUGAUGACUCAAAGCUGGCAGUUUCCCUAAAUGUCAAGGGAUUCAAGCCAGACGCUCUGACAGUGAAUCUUGAGGGCCGAGUUCUGACAGUUGAAGGAAAAGAAGAGGUUCAAGGAGGAGCAUGGAUAUGCAUUCAGGUCAUUUGCU